GCCGGGGAUCUAGGUGGUAGCUCGCGGAGGCGCUUCCCGAGAGUGACGCGCAGACUCAGCUCCCCCGCGGCCCGCCCUCCCGCCGGCCUCGCCGCGGUCUCCCUCGCUCCCUGAGAUCGCUGAGCGCUGAACAGCGGCCCUGGGAGGAGGCCUUGGGCGACGCGGCGCGGAGAGGGAGGGCGGGCGGGCAGUGGGAGCGCCGCGGGUCUCUAUAUGGCGACGGCUCUGUCGGGUUUGGCUGUCCGGCUGUCGCGCUCGGCCGCCGCCCGCUCCUAUGGGGUCUUCUGCAAGGGGCUGACCCGCACGCUGCUCAUCUUCUUUGACUUGGCUUGGCGGCUGCGCAUCAACUUUCCCUACCUCUACAUCGUGGCUUCCAUGAUGCUCAACGUGCGCCUGCAGGUUCAUAUUGAGAUCCACUGAAGGCCGACGCUGACUGACAGGCAUCACCCCAGCUCACUGCAUCAGAGCCGCAAAG